AUGUUUAAGAAACUCGCACUAAAGUCAAACUCAUCGAGCAAUGCUCAGAUCAAGUCAUCCCAUCAGAGAAAUAUCAAGGCAUCCAUUCUUUCGUCAUAUCCAUCGUUGAAAGAGGUCGAAGAAGACAUCUUCCCAAAGAAGGUCCCAAUUGUACAGGUCAAAUGUCAGAACCAUAUCAAUCUCGUUCUUAUCAACAAUGAGGUGAUCUUCUUUAAUGAGCGCGAGGGUCCAUACUACCCAACACUUAGAUUCCUACACAAAUGUAAUGAAUGA